GAAGAAUAUUUAAGGAAGAUCCUUUUUAAUAUCUAACUAAAUAAAAAAAGUUUUUUUUUUUCUUAUAUCCUCUUUGACUGGAAACAGAAAUCGAAAAAGAAAAGAUUAGUAGUCUGGUGUAAUGGCAAAGUAGGGAAUUUUUUUGGGAGAAAUGCUGGCUAUGGAGAAGGAUUUCGAUUCAAAGCUUAGGAUUCAGGGAACCGAUGAUAACAGCAAAGACAAUUCUUCCAACAAUGUUCAGAGAUCUAAAAGCUUUGCAUUUAGAGCUCCUCAGGAGAAUUUCAGCAUCCAGGAUUUUGAAUUGGGUAAGAUCUACGGCGUUGGUUCUUACUCAAAGGUUGUUAGGGCGAAGAAGAAGGAUACAGGAAUGGUGUAUGCUUUGAAGAUCAUGGACAAAAAGUUCAUCACGAAGGAAAAUAAAACAGCUUAUGUAAAGCUGGAACGUAUAGUGCUUGAUCAACUGGACCAUCCCGGUGUUGUGCGGCUCUAUUUUACAUUUCAAGAUACUUAUUCACUGUAUAUGGCACUUGAAUCCUGUGAAGGUGGAGAACUUUUUGACCAAAUAACAAGAAAAGGUCGUUUAUCAGAGGAUGAAGCUCGCUUCUAUGCUGCAGAAGUUGUAGAUGCUCUUGAAUACAUACACAGCAUGGGAUUGAUACAUAGAGAUAUUAAGCCAGAGAACUUGCUUCUUACUACAGAUGGGCAUAUUAAGAUUGCUGACUUUGGCAGUAUAAAACCUAUGCAGGAUAGCCAAAUUACAGUCCUUCCUAAUGCAUCCUCAGAUGGUAAGGCAUGCACGUUUGUGGGGACAGCUGCAUAUGUUCCUCCUGAAGUCCUAAACUCUUCUCCAGCUACUUUCGGAAAUGACCUCUGGGCACUUGGCUGCACCUUGUACCAAAUGCUUUCAGGGACUUCUCCUUUUAAAGAUGCAAGUGAAUGGCUAAUAUUUCAAAGAAUCAUAGCCAGAGAUAUAAGAUUUCCAAAUUAUUUUUCUGAAGAAGCUCGAGACCUUAUUGAUCACUUAUUGGAUCUAGAUCCCAGUAAAAGACCGGGUGCCGGACCUGAUGGUUAUGCCACACUCAAGAUGCAUCCUUUCUUUAGGGGAGUUGAUUGGAGUAGUUUAAGAGCACAGCCCCCUCCGAAGCUUGCUUUAGAGACAGGGGCUCAAUCAAGUGAGGGUGACGAUUAUAAUGAUUCUUCAUGGAAUCCUACGCACAUUGGAGAUGGUCCAGCCCGAAAGAACGAUGGAAUCGUCAGUGCCUCAUCAUCGGCUGAAUCAUCUGGCCAUAUAACUAGACUGUCCUCAAUUGAUUCCUUUGACUCAAAAUGGCAACAAUUUUUGGAUCCGGGAGAAUCUGUUCUUAUGAUCUCAAUGGUGAAGAAACUACAGAAAUUAACCAGCAAGAAAGUGCAGCUUAUCCUCACCAACAAGCCAAAGUUGAUCUAUGCUGAUCCUUCAAAACUGGUUGUGAAAGGAAACAUUAUUUGGUCCAAUAAUCCUAGUGAACUCAGCGUCCAGGUCACAAGUCCAUCGCACUUCAAGAUUUGCACGCCAAAAAAGGUAUUGUCAUUUGAUGAUUCAAAACAAAGAGCGUGGCAGUGGAAAAAGGAAAUCGAAGGGCUUCAAAACCGGUGAAGGGAGUUUUAUUCACAUGAAGCACCGUAUUCGUUGGACUUUUUUCGAUGUUAUAGAGGAACUUGGGAACUAUUAAACAAUUUAACAUCCCGAAGCUAUUCAUUCUUGGAUUCAAUCGUGUCUCGUGUUGCAGGCUGCCACUGGUUCAUUGUAAGCUUUCAUUCCUUUGUUGAG